GGAAGCCUGUGAUUCAUGCGAGAAUCUGCGAGACAAAAAUUAUGGAGGAUAACGAUGCAGCAACUGCUUCUAGUAGUAAUUCCUCGAGCGAAAUAACUCAGUACAUCAACAUAGAAAAUGCGAAACUAGUCGCCCUUGUUAUCGUGCUAGGUUUUGUAGGAUAUCACGGAGUUCUUCAUCUCAAAUAUGGAAACGAUUCUUGUCGUUGGCUGUUGAGUGAUGGUCGCUUUCCUGGCUACAACACCUGGCAGCCCUAUGGGUGCAUGAUGCACAAGUACACAAGAUCAGACGCUCGGAUGUGCAUGCACUAUAUCUCAUAUUGGGGAGGUCGAAAUCACAUUACAUUUGUUGGAGAUUCUCGCAUCAGGAAUUUGUACUAUGAGUUUAUCAAUCUCAUCAGCCUUAGUGAACUAGAAGAGGCCAAGGCACAAAGUGACAUCCACUUCAGUGAUGAGAAGAUCAAUGCUCGUGUGGAUUUUUUGUGGCAACCUUAUGUGAAUGCACACAUGUAUGAUGUGUAUGACAAAUGGCUGAAGAGUGAGCAACCUGGCUCCAGACCCAAUCUGGUCAUCACUGGAAGUGCUUCAUGGAGCAUCAAAACAUUUAAUGGGAGUACACAAGCACUUGAGAACUUUAAAGCAAAUCUGUCGAUGAUAAGGCCACUCUUCCAAAAGUUAAAACCAUCAACAAAUAUCAUAUGGAUGCUACAAGACCCUGUUGUGGAAGCCAAGCUGUCUAUAGAGAGAGCAGCUAUCACCAACCUUCAGAUUGAUGAUUACAACAAGGCAGCCAUUGAGUUACUGGAGAACAGUGAAGCAACCAUUUGGAGUUCAUCUCGUCUGAUUGCACAAGGACUGAAAAAGGAAUCAGUUGAUGGUCUUCAUCCUUCACAUUCAACGCUAAGUCUUGACGUACAAAUACUGUUAAACUUGUACUGCAACAAUGAUAUGAAUCACCAUGACGGCACUUGCUGUAACACUCCGGAGCCAGCAACCACAUUGCAGAUUAUCACUGCAGCUGCUUUUCUUGUUUGUAUGGCAUCAGCAGUGGGCCUGGUUGCAUACAGACGCAGGCUACGACGAAUUGCAGUCAAGGCUAGAGCAGAAAAUGGCCAGAGAAAUGGCGGCAAUGGCGCCCCAAAGGCCUUGAGUGAGACAGCUGUCAGUCUUGUGACUUCUGUAGCCAAGCUGGGACUCAUUAUGAGCUAUUUCUACCUCUGUGACAGAACAAAUUUUUUUAUGAAAGAGAACAAGUACUAUACGCAUGUGAACUUUUUCCUUCCAUUUGCUUAUGUGAUGAUUCUGGGAUUUUUCUUCACUGAAAAUACAGAAAAGACAAAUGUAAUGCAUAGAGAUCAAACAGAUGAGUGGAAAGGUUGGAUGCAACUGGUUAUUCUUAUCUAUCAUUUGACAGGUGCAAGCAAGGUACUGCCAAUUUAUAUGCACAUACGACUGCUUGUGUCAAGUUACCUGUUCCUGACAGGGUUUGGCCACUUCACCUAUUUCUGGCAGCAUGGAAACUUUGGUCUCAUUCGCCACUGCAUGGUAAACAUCGGAAUUUUGAAAACCUUCACAAAAAAUCAUGGGUGUCGGCACUGUCAGAUAUUUUGGCACGCGAGAAAGAACAGCUUACGUCGCGCUUUAGAAGUUUUGGUUCGCCUGAAUCUGCUUGUGGUGGUUCUCUGUUUUGUGAUGAACCGGCCGUACCAGUUUUAUUACUUUGUGCCCCUCGUUUCUUUCUGGUACCUGGUGGUUUAUAUUGUCAUGGCUGUCUGGCCACACAUCACACACGACUCCUCAGAAGCCAAUUCUCUGCAUUACUUGUACAUGGUAAUCAAGUUUGUAAUACUCAUUGUUCUCAUUUCACUCUUCUACUUGUCAGAGGUAUUUUUUGAAAAAGUGUUCUUAGCUCGUCCUUUCAAGGCUCUGUUUGUCACAUCUGAUGACUCAAUACAUGAGUGGCGUUUUCGAUGGGAACUAGACAGAUAUAGUGUGGUGUAUGGGAUGUUGGUGGGGUUUGGCUAUCAAGUGUUGGUGCACUACAAGAUCUUACAAGACAACCAUAAUCAGAGUCUUUUUGGUCAUCCAUUUUCAUGGAUCUUCUGUCUCUUGGGACUUGUUGGUAUUGCUAGUUACAUGGUUUUCUCACUCCUGUGCAGCAGUAAACAGCAAUGCAAUUAUGUUCAUCCAUACCUUGUUUUCAUCCCUAUAAUCUCUUACAUUUUGCUGAGGAAUGUUCCUGGCUGGCUCAGGACACGCUACAGUUCUCUCUUUGCCUGGUUUGGUAAAAUCUCAUUAGAGCUUUUCAUCUGUCAGUACCACAUCUGGCUAGCAGCUGACACACAUGGAGUACUGGUCCUUCUACCCAGCUACCCUGUCCUUAAUGUGGUCAUCACAUCUUUCAUCUUUAUCUGCAUUGCACAUGAAAUAUCUGUCAUCACAGGCAUUCUUGCCAGAUACAUUGUCCCAGAUGACUGGAAAGCAGUGCUGCGUAAUUUCAUUGUCUUUGCUGCUGUUUUGCUGCCUCUGUGUAUAACCAAUGGAGUACUGGUAUUCUGAGUGAUUGCAGUCAGCUGUCUUGUAAUGUACAGGCUUCUUUACUUAAAUCAUAAAAAUCAAGAAGUAAAUAUGUUGAAAAUAAGACAUUUAUAGCUCCUACAGAUACUUCUGGCUUUGAAGCAGGUCAUCUUUGCAUGACCUGCGUGUCCUUGGCCUUAACAAUUUUUAUUUGGGUCUCCUGAAAGCAGAGUUACACUAAAAGCAUUUAAUAGCAUCAGUAAAGAAGGAAAUCCAACUGACCACCAUGAUUUACUUGACACUUUAGAGACAAUUGCAUAAAUCAAAUGUGUUCUUUUAUAAAAAGAACCAGCUGAAUACUUCCCUGGCUGUAGGUGUUGAUGUGGUCAAAGAUAGUCUUUGUAUUUUGGAUGAAAGCUGGAGUUUUUUAACACACACUGCGCACACACACACACACAAAAUAAGCUUUUGAACUGGGUCAAAAGAGACAAAGUAUUAUUGCACUUGACAAAAUUUACUGUCAAAUACUGCUUUUAAAAAUUUGUGCCAACUUUUAUUACAAAUUUAAACAUUUUUUUUUCCAUUUUAUUUUUUGUAAGUAAUGGAGAGAGUAGUUAGCAAGUGAGAGAAUGGUUAGGUUUGGAGGACAUUCCUAUGUUAUUUUUAUUUUUGUGUACCUCUUUCCAGCUCAUGUAUUGUCUGUUUUGUUUCCUGUUGCUAACAUUUGUACAUGUGCAUACCAAACAGAGUUGUGAAAGGAUGCACAGAAACACUCAGUUGUUGACUGUAUUCGUGUGCAGCUCCUGACUCAUUCCCAGCCUAGGCUGGUAUGUUGUCCGUUAACUUAAAAUGAUUAACAAGUUGAAUUUCUGUUAAGGUUCUGCUUGUGGCUUUUACACAGAGCAUAAACUGAGUUAGCUUGUGUCUGUUCCUGAUGCAUCCGCAGGGAAUGAUGUGCUUGUAUGAAUGUAAGCUUGUGUGUCAUGCUUUGAAGGGUAUCAUUUCUUGUGUUUUCCACUAAAGUUAAUAGAUUGUGUAUGAGUGCUAGUAUUUAUAUGAAUGCUGAUUUGAGAACUGUUCACUUUCUUAAGUUUUCCAGAAGACCUUGUAGUACAUCUGCUCACAUGCAUUGCCAAACUGCUCAUUCACAAAUUUAGAACUGGCGGUUCCAGUGUUGGUCUCAUCUUUAGGCAUUAUCACAUUAUGACUUGUAAAUACACAAGAUAUCAAGAAGAAGUGUCCUGUUAUUUGUUUAUAUGUUUAUGUUUAUCAGCAAAAUUUCUCAAGGUUUGUUUUUUAACGUAUUUUAACAGAUGACAUCUUCCUUGAGAAUGAGGUUUCAGAAAUUUGUUUUAGGAAGAGAUGGCUGAUAGAUUUAGGAAAUAAUAUUUUAAAAUUUGAUUUUUUUUUAGUUUUUAAUUUUUUUUUUAAGUAUACAUUGCCAUGUGAUGAAUUAUGAAAUGUAUUGAAUAGUGGAAUCAGAUUAGUAUAUUAUUUACAAUCAUUAUUAUGUAAUCAGGAUUGCAAUUUCAGAUCUCACUUCUGAUGUGCAUACUUUCUCUUUGUUGAAUGUAGCACAUAGACUAAGGCUGGACUAGUUUUCUAUUAUAUAGUUUAGUUGCAGGCUGCAUGUUAAGCAUUAACAGCCAACAUGUGAAGCCAUCUCAAUUUUUACCUCCCCCAGUGGCCCCAGAAUUAUUUAAUUUCAAGUUUGUCUGGCCAGAUAAAGAACAUGCAAAUUGUCUUCAUCAUAAAGCGAUAUGGGUCAAUUAAGAACUCUUUUCAUGUGCCUUGAUUCUGCAGGACAUGCUAAUGUUUGUUCAUUACUCCUGACAGAAAAGGAACUGCAGUUUUAUAUACUUUGACCCCUAUCACUUCAGCACAUAAUUUCCACCCCUUACCUGUAUGAAGGUGAUUGUUCAUUUCUUAUGCUGCCUUGGGUUGUUAACCCUGCUGUGUGCAGUACAUGGUCAUGUGUUCUCUCUUCAUUGUAUCUCCAGCACUAACUCCUCAUUGUAUGUUUUGUACAUCAGUCUGUGGUUUAAUGCUAUGUUAUAUGGUGAUUGGCAGGCUGUUAUGAUUUAAAUUAUGUUAGCUUGGAAUCUCGUUGCACGGCGACUCAAGACAUAUUCUGCUGAAAUCAGGCUUUUGGUAUUGGUAGAUUUGUGUAAGCUGAGUCUUAUGUGGCUCUUAUGGACCAUUUCUUCAGUUGCAGUGUUGUGGCUUUUAAAGCCACUGGAUGAUAGUCUGUACAGCAUGUAUAAUCUCUUCACAUUUUUGAUGAAACAUUAGGUUGAAUAUUUAUUUAUCUGGGUAAUAACAUUGUUGAUGCAAAAGACUGCUUUAAAAAGUUGUUUUACUGCAGUCAGCAUCAUGGCAAUUUUUUAAGAGUAUUUAGUAUAUACAGGUUUUUUUUGUACAGGAAUUUGCUCAUAACUUAAGGUAUACUUUGUAAAAAUAAAAAGAUGCAAUUUAUGACAUCAAAAAAGUAAGGAAGUGAAAUAUUUUUGUAAAAUGUAGCUUAGAGUAAAAUGUACUGUUAAGCUACAAAUUCUACACAUUUCUAUUAUCAAAGUAUAAAGUAUUAUUAAGGGAAGAUAUUUGUCAUUUCUAAAAUUUUACCCUGUAGUCUUGAUAUUGUUUAAACAAGUCUUAGAUGUGAACCUGCUCGUCUUUGUUGUACAGACUUGAUUUUAGAGACUUGGAGACAUUGUGAUUCCCUUUGUAGUUUAUAAACUUUUAUAAAAAAUACUUUUACAUCUUUGUAGUAAAGUAUUUCAUAAAGUAUCCCAUUUGAUUAAGUGUUGAUGUUUUCCUUUUCUGUUUUAUGAUUAGUGCAACAUGAAAAUGUUUCACUUACACUGUGGUACUGUUCUUUUUCAUGCCUACCUCUUCAUGUGACAUUGUUCAUUUGUGGAUGACGCGAGUGGUCGAUGUAUAGUAUUUAAUAAAGUAUAUUUAUUUUUCUGCUUGAAUGAUUGAAAAUUCAAAAAUGUAAUAAAAGUGAGGAAAUCAAUUAGCAAUAGACAGUCUUGUCAUUCACAACAGUUUUCAUGCAUGAAAGUAGUUUUGCAUUUGUUUAAAAAAUUUUUUUUAUGCCUUCAUGUGCUGUCUGAAAACUCAGGUCCAUUUUCUGCCUGCUAUGUCUUCUUUGUUUAUAGAAUCAGUCAUCAAAAUUUGAAAUGUUAUUAAAUUAUGAAAUGCAGGCACUGUAUUUUAUUGGGGGUUUUUUUAUCUUUUGUUUGCGGGAUGGGUGGGUGGGAAGCAAUACAAGUACUUUUAUUUUAUUAUCAUUAUCUAUUGAAUACAAGUAGAAUAUACUGUGGCUACUGAUUGUUUCAUGCUUUGUCCUCAUUUUGUUUUUGUCCGUACAAGCAUGGAUGCCGCUCAGGUCUGUAUCCAUCACCUUUUGUAAAAGUUUGUAUUGUCCCACAGGGGCUUAAGACCUAUACACCUGUAGUCAACACCUAUAGCAGAAAAGAAGACUGCUGACACUUGGUGCAAUGAGGGUGAAAAUUACUGUAGCAGAUUUUUGUUUGUUUUUUCCCUCAAGAUUUCUUUGUAAUUUUACUGUGAAUACAAAGGUGUGUUCUUUGAGUUUUUUACUUUUUACACAGAAUCAAAAGGUGUCUUCUCAAGCAUUAGUUGAUGUUUCAGACUUCAUAUUUUUUUUAAUACUAAUUGGUACAAGGAGGUUGGAGGAGUGGUUAGCAUCAAAUAUGUUUAGUAACAUGAUGAGCUUAGUGUUUUUGGAGACAAAUAUUUGCAAGUAUAAAUGUGUAUAUCGGAAGCAGAUGUUUGCUUGUCUGCAUGCAUGCACACAUUUUGUGUAUGUGCACAUGCCAGUAAGUGUGCAUAUGACAGUGUGGCUCAGCAAACAUGAAUUGUGUGGGUUUUGUUUUGUUUGCAUAUUAAAAGGUAUGCAGGAGUCUUUAGCCUGCAAACUAUUAAAAGCCCUGUUCACUGCAAGUAGGGAAAGUGGAGGCUAUCCUCUCUACCACCUUUGACCUUUCCUGAUUAAUCAGAUACAAACUUAGACUAGGGCAAGCCUUGGACCAGGGACUCUCUGAUCCAAAGUCAAACAUGCUCACCACCAGCACUGGGGUUUCUUCCAUGCUUCCGUACAUAGCGGCUUAAUCUUUCGAAAGAAUGGUUUUAAAAUGGAUUGUUUCUUCCUAUGUAUUUGGUUAUGAUGUUAACAUAGCUGUUUAUUAAAUGUGUCAGCAAAACUAACAAAUAUACCAUUGUAAGAGGAAACAGCUGAAAGCUCAGAUUUGUUAAUGUUUCAGAAGUUUACAUAAGGAAAGUGUGUGAAUUGUUGCCAGUAUUAAAAAAUGUGCAAGUUUUCUAAUUCAUUUGUGAAGUCUCUUUUGGCAAGAUUGUGUCAGGUUUUUAUACUCUUAUAGGAUGUAUAUUCGUUUACAGUUUUUCAAAUCUCUUGUUUUUUCUGAGUGCCCAGUGAUAGUUUUGCCCUUUUCAAAUUGGAGACAUUUAAAUUACUUUGUAACUAUGUAAAUGAUCCAUGAGAAUUAUUUGUUUUGCAAUUGUCUCGAGGAAAAAUAAUUUGGAGAAAUUUUGAGUGUCUGCACUAAGGUGAAAAGUGAUCUCAAAAUAAAAGGUGAAGGUUCCCAUAGCUAAAGAAUGCAAGUGGUUUACCAUGUACAGGGGAUGUCACAUAGGCUUUUCGCUGGCUUUACCUUCCUUGAUAAAUCCAGUAGCAGGCAUAAGCGGAUCUCAAAAGCCAUAACCGACUCUGAAGCUGAGCAAACUAGCUACCAGGUGAUCAAGGCUCCCAGUCUCAAAAUGUACACCCCUUAUUAAAGAUUCACUGCUAAUUUUAUAACAAACUAAAAAAAGAAAACUAUAACAUCUGGGGUUUUUUUUUAAUUCACUAUAUAGUAAAAUAUAAUAAAAUAGAGCAUGAACCUUUUAAGCAGUCAUAAAUCAUAAAGUGGAGCAUCAGCAUAAGGCAAUAUAUAUGUUCCUUAGAACAGGAAAUCAUUAGGGUUUUUU